CCCUGUCCACGAUGAGUCUUAUCUACUAAAGCAGAAACGCAUUACGUUCGUCCGUGGGGCCACAAUGUCCCAAUUUCUGCAGACAGACAACUGUCAGUGGGGCCACGUUUCUCGGACGCCUCAAAAUGUUUGCAUGUUUUCUAUUGACUCCGCUUGUCUUCUGUAAUAGCUCAGUGUUGCUAAACCCUGAAAGCCUCAUACUUUUUUUCACCCGUGUGUCAAACAUGUCGGUGGAUUGGGUUGGAUAUGGAUACGCUGCCCUCGUCGCAUCUGGUGGAGUCGUUGGUUACGUGAAAGCAGGCAGCGUCCCCUCCCUGGCUGCAGGGCUUCUCUUUGGGGGACUUGCAGGGUUUGGCGCCUAUCAGAUCUCCAAUGACCCGAAAAAUGUUUGGGUUUCCCUUGCUACUUCAGGAGCUCUUGCUGGCGUAAUGGGAAAGAGGUUCUAUGGAUCCAGGAAGUUCAUGCCAGCAGGCCUGGUGGCUGGAGCAAGUGUCCUGAUGAUGGCAAAGCUUGGUGUGGCGUUGCUCCAGAAGCCCCAGAAGUCCUGAUGAAGUGAUGCACUCUGACAUGUCGGCAGCAGCUCCUCAUUUACUGUUUAAUAUUAAUGUCAUUUUUUUUGAAAGGAUGAUGAAAUAUAGUACUUUGUUUAUAUAA